AUGAAUUUAAAAAUAAUUUCCUUUUUUCCAAAAAUUCCCGAUUUUACAUCUGGUGAUGUAGUUAGGUUUACAGGAAAAUUUCCUCUCAAUGAGGAACCUCCUCAUGAUGAUAUUUUGGAGGUAAUUUUUAAUUUAUUAUUUAUACAAGUACAAGAUGAUGAUGAUUUAUUUAAAAGUAUCAAACUUAAUGUUAAUGAAUUUGUUGGAAAGGGAAAUGUUGCUGACAAAUUUAAUAUAAAAUGUAAGAUACUUAAAAGCGAAUGA